CCCAGGCCCAGCCCUGAGUUUACCCGACGCCACCCCCUCUUUUCUUUCCCCCUUCCUCUUCAACUCCCGUCUCACCUCUCCCGACGCCGAACCGAAUCGCAGCAGCGGCAGCCGGAGAAGAAGAGAUCGAGCGCCAGCAGCCAUGUCCGGCAUGGAGGAGGAGGAGAACGCCGCCGAGCUCAAGAUCGGCGAAGAGUUCCUGAAGGCCAAGUGCCUGAUGAACUGCGAGGUGGCGAUAAUCCUGGAGCACAAGUGGGAGCAGCUGCAGCACAUGUCGGACGGCGGCGCCGACCAGGUCUCGCAGGUCUUCGAGAAGUCGCAGGCCUACGUCAAGCGCUUCAGCCGCUACAAGAACCCCGACGCGGUCCGCCAGGUCCGCGAGACGCUCUCCCGCUACAGCCUCGUCGAGUUCGAGCUCUGCACCCUCGGGAACCUCUGCCCCGACACCGCCGACGAGGCCAAGGCGCUCGUCCCCUCCCUCGUCCCCGGCGGCAGGUUCGACAGCGACGACCGGGUCGACAAGAUGCUCAACGACCUCUCCCUCAUCAAGAAGUUCGAGUAGUAGCCCCCAUAAUAUGCUCUUCUUGUCUUCCUCCAGUGAUAUGUUUAAGCUUCAGAUUAUCUCCUUUUAUUGCGCUAUGAUCAUAAGACAUCAGUGUCAGUCUCAAAUGAAUGGAGUUAAUUAAACCUUGUUGCUAUGCUGUCUUGGAGAACAAUGAAGUUGCUGUUGUUAA